AUGGGUGUCGGGUCUGCUGCAUUCUCGAGCCCGUCCAUCUCCCACGAGAAACGUCAAGAAUCGCAGACUGCACCUGAAUCGACGGAGGAAUUCCUGACGCAAUUCAUCAAUGACGACAAUGACACAUUUAUGACGAGCGAUACUGGCACGCCGAUAGAAGACCAGGGCACUCUCAGGGCUGGUGAACGAGGUCCGAGCUUGUUGGAGGAUUUCAUCUUCCGACAGAAGAUCAUGCGCUUCGAUCAUGAGAGGGUUGCUGAACGUGCAGUUCAUGCACGAGGUGCCGCCGCUCAUGGCUACUUUGAGAGUUAUGGCGAUUGGUCGAAUCUGACAGCUGCUUCCUUCCUCGCAGAUGCGGGCAAGAGAACGCCUGUCUUCCUGAGAUUCUCGACUGUGGCUGGAAGUAGAGGAAGCGCGGACACUGUGCGAGACGUCCAUGGGUAUGCAGCGAGGUUCUACACUGACGAGGGAAACUUCGACAUCGUUGGAAACAACAUCCCGGUCUUCUUCAUUCAAGAUGCUAUACGCUUUCCCGACCUCAUCCAUGCCGUGAAGCCCGAACCAGAUAGGGAAAUCCCACAAGCGGCGACCGGUCACGAUACAGCUUGGGACUUCUUCAGCCAGCAGCCAAGCACUCUGCAUACACUCUUCUGGGCCAUGUCCGGCUGGGGGAUACCCAGAUCAUACCGACAUACCGACGGUUUUGGCGUCCACUCCUUCCGUAUGGUAACUGACGAAGGAGAAAGCAAGCUGGUCAAGUUUCACUUUAAGUCCUUGCAAGGUCGGGCCAGCUUGGUUUGGGAAGAGGCGCAGAUACUGUCGGCAAUCAACCCAGACUACCACCGGCAAGAUCUCUGGACUUCGAUUGAGAAUGGUCACUUUCCAGAGUGGGAAUUCGGUGUACAGGUUGUUGAUGAGAGCGAUGCCCUGGCUUAUGGUUUCGACAUGUUGGAUCCAACAAAGAUCCUCCCAGAAGACCUAGUGCCCGUCCAGCCUUUGGGGAGACUAGUUCUAAACCGAAACCCAACCAACUACUUUGCAGAGACCGAGCAAGUCAUGUACCAAGUUGGCCACCUCGUCCGCGGCAUCGACUUCUCCGAAGAUCCCCUUCUCCAAGGCCGACCCUUCUCCUAUCUCGACACCCAGCUCAGCCGGCAUAACGGCCCUAACUUCGAGCAACUCCCCAUCAACCGUCCUCACAGCCCCGUCAGCAACAACCACCGCGAUGGCCCAGCCCAGAUGGAGAUCCACACCAACAAGCACGCCUACACGCCCAGCUCUCUUAACGCCAGCCCGAGACAAGCAACCCGCAACCAAGGCCGCGGCUUCUUCUCCUCACCCGCACGCACACUCUCCGACCAACUAACGCGCAAUCUCUCCACUACCUUUGAGGACGUUUGGUCCCAGCCCCGCCUCUUCUACAACUCCCUCGCCCCCGCCGAGCGCCAAAUGGUCAUCAACGCAAUCCGCUUCGAGACCUCCCAGCUCAGCGCACCCAUCCAAGCCAACGUUCUCGUGCAGCUCAACCGCAUCAGCCACGACAUCGUCACCCUCGUCGCGCAAGCCCUGGACGUCGAGGCACCGCCGCCCGACGAUACCUUCUACCACACCAACACAACCAUCAACGUCCGCACCUUCGACACCGCCACGCCACUGUGGCGCCUCGACUCCCUCACCGUCGCCAUCCUCGCCUCCGCGACCGACGAAGCCGGCCUCGCCGCCGCCAGGAAUCUAGCCGAGCAACUCGCCGCGCAGCUCAACGUGACCGUUGACAUCGUUGCGGAGCGCCUCCUCGAAGGCGUCGACGGCACAUACGCUUCCGCCAACGCCGCAGCGUAUGACGCCGUCGUGCUCUCGGCGGGCGCGGCUCGCGCGCUCGUCAUGAAGGGCGGCAAUGGGACGGCGGCGUCAAGUCUCUUCCCCGCGCACCGCCCGCGGCGUAUCGUCGCGGAUGCGUAUCGGUAUGGCAAGCCGGUGGCUAUCUUUGGCGAUUUCCAAGGCGGAGAAGAAGAAGUUGGUGCUGUGUGGGACGCAGUCGAUGUGCAGGCUGGACCGGGCGUUCUGGUCGCUGGAAGCAGUGAGGUGGGGGAGUUGGUGGGGGAGCUGGAGGGGGCGUUGCGGACGUGGAGGUUCGUGGGGAGGUUUGCCGUUGAUGACGGCGUUGGUGAUGCGUGA